ACAAAUCAAAAUGAACACAGGACAUUGAGGGUUUUAGGAGCAGUGGAUAGGCUUCUAAGUCCAUUGCUCUAAAACCCUAAAUUCAAGGGAUGGAACUUCAAACCCUUUGUUGCGCUCUUCCCUCUCAACCAUUUCAAUUCUCCAAUCAUCGUAUGAUCUCAUCACGAGCGUUUGGAACCCACGCUCCAUUCAGAAAUCAAAGGCAAAGAUUUCGGUUUGGAAACGCAUCAAAAUGUUUAAAAUGGGUGAUUAAAGAGCCUUCACUGUUGGGGUUGAACAAAUUCCAGAGGGUUGUUAUUCAUGCUUUUGAUUCCAAUGUAAAUGAUGGCUUGGAAGUUCAUCCAAACCAAAGUUCUAGUGUGGCUGUUGCUGAGUUUGAUAGGGUGGAGCCGUUUCAUGGUAAAUCAGGUUGUGUCUCUUUCCACGGGUUGACACACCAGUCGGUGGAAGAAGGGAAACUGGAAUCUGCUCCCUUUGAAGAAAAGGGGAGCUCUUACUUCUGGGUCUUAGCUCCUGCUGCGUUCAUAGCAUCUUUGAUUCUGCCACAGUUCUUCGUUGACAGUGUAGUUGAGGCAUUCCUUAAUGAUUUGAUUUCAAUAGAUCUUGUGAGUUCAUUCUUCCACGAUGCCCUGUUCUACAUUGGGCUAGCAACAUUCUUGCAUGUGACUGAUCGUGUCCAGAGGCCAUAUUUGCAGUACAGCUCAAAAAGAUGGGGUCUUAUCACUGGCCUCAGAGGAUACCUAUUCUCUGCCUUCUUCACCAUGGGUUUGAAGAUUAUUGCUCCUCUCUUUCUUUUGUAUGCGACCUGGUCAACAAUGCACAUGGCGGCAUUUGUUGCUGUAACUCCUUUUUUGGUUGGCUGUGUUGCUCAACUUGCAUUUGAGAAAUCUUUGGACAAGCGUGGGUCAUCUUGCUGGCCUCUUGUCCCGGUUAUAUUUGAGGUAUACAGACUGUAUCAGCUUACAAAAGCUGCUCAUUUUGUUGAGAGGUUGAUGUUCUCUUUUAAGGACCUGCCUGCAACCCCCGAAUUGAUAGAUCGAAGUGGAGCUUUGUUCGCAAUGCUAGUGACCUUCCAAGUACUGGGGGUUGUGUGCCUUUGGUCAUUGAUGACGUUUCUUUUGAGGCUAUUCCCUUCUAGGCCUGUGGCAGAUCAUUACUGAGUUUGGCACGGAUUGGGGAAGUGUUGUAUAUAUUUGCAUAAUAUCUGGGAAGUCAUGAGCACUAUUAGUUGAUUGAUCUUAAUCCAGGCUUUUCAUUAAAAAAAUUUGUUCGCUCUACCCCCUGCUUCUUUAAUUUCUCGAUUGUAGCACCAUCGUUUGUCAAGAAAACGAAGCUUGUAGUUUUGUUUGCAAGACCUGAACUUGAAUGGAUUUCAUGCUGUGGGUAAACGGGGCAUCCAUUUAUUAUGUUCAGAAAAUGUCACUGCAUUGUUAUUUUUCCCUUUUGGUUAGGACAUUGGAGAGUUGUUUACCAUGUUAUCAGCUAGCUAUUCAUUGCAAGCAAUUAGUAUUCUGAAAUAUGAGAUGGAGUAACGAGUGUGUUUGUAAAAUAGAUUAUGUUUUCCAUAGCGUAUAAUAUGAAAAAUGUGAAUGAUAAAGGGACUACUGCGAGCAUCAGAAAAUUUUCAAUUAUGCUGUGUUUCUUUGGUUUGACAGAUUUCCCUUCCUUCCACGCAAGGGUACAGAAAUAGUUUUAUAAUGGUACUCAAGCUGAAACGCUUGUGAGAAUGCUUCAAUCAAGGAUCUGUGAGUAAUAUGAUUAAGACUGGCAUCGUCCAAAACUCCAAAUUAUGCAAACCAGCUGUUCCAUGAGAAACAAGUGACUGAAAUUCUCUCAGCAACCCCCUAAAUGAGAUAAUCUAUUUAAAGGGAGUCAAAACCGUCGUGACAGUAAGUGGUAAGCCAUGAUAGGUUAUCCAAAAGGGAUUAGCUCUUCAUGCAAUGCACCCUUUUUCCCAUAUGAAAUAGAGGAUGACUUGGAGUGGGGAUGAAGAGGUUGAGGACAUGAUGAAAUCGAACUCGAACAACGUGGAUUCAACAAAAUCCAACCAGAAUAGAGAAUAGCAAGAAGAGAUUAGUGUUUUUAUUUGUCACGGCCUCUAUUCUAAUUACAGAUUCAUCACCCAUGAAGCCACGCCGUCUCAUCCACUGUUCAGUUUUAUAACUUUCGGUCUUGGGUAAUGGUUAUCAGCUACGUUGUUGAAUACAUGAAUAAGGUUGUUGUAUGUAGGAACGAAAUACGCCAACUUCUAAAAAUUUAAGUGUUAUAUACCGUAAUAUAAUUUUG